AUGUCGGAACGCAGGCGCGGAGGCGGCAAGUCACCAGCGCCAAGGGUCUCCUUCUCGUCCGACUACGUGGGAUGCAAGAAGUGCGGUUACCGUUGGACCUACAAGACCAAGCAGUCCUGCUACAGCUGUGGGCAGGCCCUGCGACCAUCGUACUCUCCUGUUCCCAAGCCCCGUGGCGUCUGGGCUUGCGGCAGCGGAGGCUGGUGGCAGGACAACCACAAAGGCGCCGACUGGUACCAGGAAGCCGAGGAGACCACGCAGAGGACCGAGCCGCUUGCGAUCGGCGAGGUGGUGCAGACCCUCGGCGGGCAGGCCCUCUCCGAGGCCCAGAGGCAGGCGCUCCAGCAGCUCGAGAGCGCCUUCGCCCCGCCGGCCCCUGCAGAGCGCCCCGCGCUCCUGGAGGAGGGCAUCCAGCGGGCGGCCGCGGCGGAGAGGGCUGCCCGUCGGGAGCUGGAGAAGCGUGCCAAGCAGCUGGCCGACGCCAAGCUCUGGCUCGACGAAUGCCAGGCUCGAUCCGAUGCGGCAGCUGACGCCCUGGUGGGGGCUGAGGUCAAGCUGGCGCAGGAGAAGAAGGCGUUGGCGUCUCCAGGCAAGGACCCUCAGCCCGAGGGGACCAACAAGGGCGGCGGGGUCAUCAACCUCUCAGCCUUGUUGGGCGAAGGAGAGGCCAGUUUUGUCAUCGAGGACGGCCCCCUCUUCGACCUGGAGGGGCUGGACAUCACAUCCGAGCAGCGGCAGCAGUUCAACAAGCUCAAGCAGACGUUCGAGGCGUCGGCGCAGCAGGCGGUCCGCACGCACUUCGGGCCAGGGGCUGACGUUCUCAAGUCCCAGCGUGAGCAGCUCGAAGAGAUCAGGAUGCUCCGCGAGACCUUCAAGAAGCGCAGGCGGGAGCACCCCCCUGCGACCGCGGCGGCAACAGAGACGUCAUCGCCCCAGACCCCCGAGGGGAGCCCGCCGCAGGCGCCUGCCCAGGCCAAGCGCGAGGACCCCCCUGCGGAGGCGGCGGCGGCAGAGGCGCCAGCGGCCCAGAGCCCUGAGAGAGGCCCGCCGCAGGCGCCAGCCCAGGCCUCCCAGGAGGCCCAGCAGGCAGCCCAGCCCGCCGCGGAGCCGCAGGGUGCCCAGGGCGCUUCGCCUGGCGCUGCCAGCUCUGACGCUGGCCCUGACGCUGGUCGUGAAGCCGCUGGCAAGGAGCUGGCGGAGGCCUUGCAGCGCGCCAGGGCUCGCAGGGCGGAGGCAGCCGCCAAGCCAGUACCUCUUUAG